AUGACCCACCACAACGGAGCUAAUGGAGACAUUCUUCAGAUCGUUGAAUACAUUAAUGUGGAGCCCUGCCUUGAGAGGGACAGACUGAGGAUGAGGGUCUCUGUGUUGGAGGAGAGUGUGAGGUCCUACGAGGUAGAGUGUAAAGCCAGCAGAGAGACGGUGAUGAGACUGGUGGCAGAGGUGGCCCGGGAGAGGAGGAACACAGCAGGCAGUGCAGAGGCUCUCGAUCUUCUAAGACUGGAUUUAGAUAGUGCCUUGCUGACCAAGAGGAGCACAGAUAUGGAGAACCAGAGUCUAGCAGAGAGGCUGGAGGCCAGUCAGCGUGUGGUUGAGGCAGCCAAGCAGGAGGCAGGGUGCCUGGAGAGGCAGAUCCAGGAGCUGGAAGGGAAACUCCAGACCAGCCAGGGGAAAAACCAGGCUACACAGGGGAGACUGCAGGCCCUCCUGGGGAAGGUAGGAGCUCUUCUGCAGCUGGGUCUCUCCAUGCCAACUGAGGAGGAAAUACUACAGAGACUCGGGGACCUCUGCACCAGGCAGGAACGUAUGAAAGCGGUAAGUAGGAUGGAGAGGAGGCUGUCCCAGGUCACUGAGGAUGUGUCCAGGCAGACAGAGCUCCACCACAGUGCCCUGCAGAGAGCCCAGCUGGCUGAGCAACAGGUCACAGACCUCAGCGACAGGCUGCAGGGUUUGGAAGCUGAGCUGAUGACUUCAGACGUGCACCGGGAUGGGCUGAGUCAUAACAGUCAGCUUUAUGAGCAGUUCCUGGAACAGUUGUCAGAGAGGAUGAAAGUAGACAGUAUCGCCACUGACCUGGGCUACGACAUGAGGCUACAGCUCAUUCUGUCUCGGGCAGAGCAACUUGUCAAACUAGAAGGGACGGCUUUGGUGGAGAGCAAGACCCUGGCCCACAACCAACAGCGAAAGUUGAAGAUCCAGAAGGAGCGGUUGGAGAGUAAGGAGCUCCACAUGGAGCUGUUGAGGAGGAAGGUGUCUGAGCUAGAGGAGGAGAAGAAGAGUCGCUCAGCCCUGGCCAUGCAGCGAGACGAUGCCAAUGUGACCGCCCGGAAGAUGCAGAAGAAGGUGGAGCGACUACAGGAGGAACUGGGAUCCAGUAAGGUCUCCAUCACAGAGCUCAAGGCCCAGCUGUCACACACCAAUGAGCUGAAGCUCAAAGUCCUGGAGCAGAGUCAGACCAAUGCUGAGCAGAGUAAGAGUCUGGUGGACCUGGAGAAGGGCAAGGCCAAGGUGGAGAAGAAGUUCAGCACAGCCAGGACAGACCUACAGAGCCAGGAGCAUCUGGCCAGGGAGGCCCAGCAGCAGUUGACCAGCCUUAGACAGACCCUGGCUCAGCUCACGGACAGAGAGAGAGAGUUGGUAGACUUCCGUAUGGUGGUCUCUCAGAUGUUAGGUCUGGAUAUCUCAGCCCUGGCCCUUCCAAACUAUGAGAUCAUCAAAUCUCUGGAGAGCCUGCUUCACCCCCACCAUCACCCCCAGCAUGACCUCCACCACCACUCCCUGGCCCUGUCCUGGCCCUGCCCUACCCACCACCAGAACCACCAUCUCCUACAGCUCCAGGACCAAGAUACCUCUGGGUCUGUCACAUCCCUCUCAGAGGUCCACGGGCCCUGA